GCUGGCAGUAUACUAGUAUUUAUGACUGCCUCCAGCUGUGCUUGUUUGUUGAUUAUCGUUUUGCCUCUUAUCACACUAUUUGUUCACUGUCAUCGGCGUUUUGCUGAUCCUAGGUAGUGAACAGUUAGCCAGCUACGGCAUCUUUGAGAGAAGAGAAUGGCGAGUGCAGAUGUAAGAUAACUUUUCGAUGUAUCUCUUUAUUAAAACUGUUGAUUUAGCUAAACUCGUCCACGUGUGGCUUUGUGUAUGUCCAGGGAUUGUUUUCAUUGCGCUGUGCAGUCAAAUCAGCUGUCCAGAAGCUUGGACAACAUGGGUCUUCUCUAGGUUAAAUAAAUGCUAGCUUGUUGGAUCUAGUGGUUCUUCUUCAACGAAAAGUAGCGCUGACAGGUGUCAAUGUUGUUUGCUUGUUAGCUAGCUUCUUUGUGUCAAUUUUUUUGACUAAAAAAAUGACACUGCCUAUGCUGUGUGUCUUGUCUGUCUGUCCUGUCUUUUUCUGUUUGUCUGUCUGCCGGUGCCUGUCUGUUUUUUUCUGUCUGCCUGCCUGUCUGUUUUUCUGUCUGUCUCUAUCAGGGGAGUAAACUGUGGGGAGGUCGGUUCGUGGGUGACACCGACCCGAUCAUGGAGAAAUUCAACGCGUCCAUCGCCUAUGACAAGCGGAUGUGGGACGCAGACAUCCGUGGCAGCAAAGCGUAUGCCAAAGCCCUGGAGAAGGCCAAGCUGGUCACUGCAGAGGAGAUGGACAAGAUCCUACAUGGGAUGGACCAGGUGAACACACACGCACCUCUAUAUUUUUUUAUUUAACCUUUAUUUAACUAGGCAAGUCAGUUAAGAACAAAUUCUUAUUUACAAUGAUGGCCUACCAAAAGGCAAAAGGCCUCCGGCUGGGUUUAAAAAUAUAAAUAUAGGACAAAACACACAUCACGACAAGAGACACCACAACACUACAUAAAGAGAGACCUAAGAUAGCAUGGCAGCAACACAACAUGGCAGCAGCACAACAUGGUAGUAGGGCAAAACAUGGUACAAACAUUAUUGGGCACAGACAACAGCACAAAGGGAAGAAGGUAGACCAUUGACAAUAAUCAAUAACAAUGUAUUAAUAGAAAAAAAACACACAAGAAAUACAAAUAGGAAAUACACAAUAAAGUAAGUAAGUAAGCAUACUAUAUACAGGACAUAUUUAAAAAGUAAGUUCCAAUACCAUGUUUACAUGUGCAGGGAUACUGGAGUGAUAUAUAUCUAUAGGGGUAAGGGGACUAGGCAACAGGAUAUAAGAUAAACAGAAUAGCAGCAGGUUGUAUCUGAGUGUGCAUGUGUGUAGAGUCAGUAUAAAUGUAUGUGCAUAUUAUGGGUGAGUGAGAAAAUGAUGGAGUGAGUGUUUAUGUGUGUGUUGGAGUGACAGUAUGUGUGAGUUUGUAGGGCCCUGUGAGUGUGCAUAGAGACAGUGCAAAGAUUCAAAUGAAAGGUCAAUAAAGGUUAACUCAGUCCGUGUAGCUAUUUUGUUAGCUAAUUAUCAGUCGUAUUGCUUGGGGAUAGAAGCUGUUCAAGAGCCUGUUGGUGUUAGACUUGAUGCACCGGUACCUCUUGCUGUGCGGCAGCAGAGAAAAUUGUCUAUGGCUUGGGUGGUUGGAGUCUUUCACGUUUUUCCGGGGCCUUCUUUUCACACCGCCUGUGAUAGAGGUCCUGGAUGGCAGGGAGCUCGGCCCCAGUGAUGUACUGGGCUGUCCACACAACCCUCUGUAGCACCAUGCGAUCGAAGGCGGUGCUAUUGCCAUACCAACCAGUGAUGCAGCCAGUCAAUAUGCUCUCAAUGGUACAGCUGUAAAACCGUUUGAGGAUUUGAGGGCCCAUGCCAAACUUUUUGAACCUCUUGAGGGGGAAGAGGCACUGUCUCGAAAUCUUCACGACUGUGUAUGUGUGUUUGGACCAUUUUAAGUAUUUAGAGAUUUGGACACCGAGGAACUUAAAGCUGUCUACCUGCUCCACUGCCGCCCGGUCAAUGUGGAUGGAGUUGUGCUCGCCCCCCCCGUUUCCUGUAGUCCACGAUCAGCUUUUUGGUCUUACUGAUGUCGAGGUUGUUGCUCCGUCACCACACUGCCAGGUCUCUGACCUCCUCCCUGUAGGCUGACUCAUUGUCGCUGGUGAUCAGGCCUACCACCGUUGUGUUGUUAGCGAACUUGAUAAUGGUGUUGGAGUCAUGCGUGGCCACGUAGUCGUGGGUGAACAGGGAGUACAGGAGGGGACUAAGCACACACCCCUGUGGGGCCCCUAUGUUAAGGGUCAGCGUGGCGGAGGUGAUGUUGCCUACACUCACCACCUAGGGGCGGCCCGUCAGGAAGUCCAGGAUCCAGUUACAGAGGGAGGUGUUCAGACCCAAGCUGUGUUCGAAUACCCAGACUAACAUACUGUAUGCUACAUACUUAAUGAGUAUAUACUACAUACUAUUAGUUCAUUUUAGUAUACUGUAAACAAAUGGUAUCCUUUCAGUUGAGCGUACUAGCGCUUCGCCUGUCUACCGGAAGUUAAUGCAGUUGCUAUGUAACCUCUUGCUAGCUUGUUAGCAUAACAAAAGACUAGCUAGACAUUUUACAAUUUCGGGUGUGUUCGUAAAUUCAAUCUAGAGUGCCAGAGUGUGCUCAGAGCAGAGUGUGCUCAGAGCAGAGUGUGCUCAGAGCAGAGUGUGCUCAGAGCAGAGUGUGCUCAGAGCAGAGUGUGCUCAGAGCAGAGUGUGCUAAGAGCAGAGUGCGCUCAGAGCAGAGUGCGCUCAGAGCAGAGUGCGCUCAGAGUGCGCUCAGAGUGCGCUCAGAGUGCGCUCAGAGUGCGCUCUGGGCUUUCGUAAAUCCAGAGCGUUGUCAGAUUGUCUGUUCGUAAAUUCAGAGCCUUUUUGCUCUUGGAGCGCGUCACUGGACGCUCUGGCCGAGGAGUAGGGUUGACAUGAGUGUUCUGACCUCACAACGGCAGUCAAGCACCCAAGCUAACUGGCUAAUGUUGGCUAGCUUGCUAGCUAUUUCCACACAGAAAUGAGAGAACACCUCACUAUGACCAUUUUACUCGCCCUAGCAGAGCUGUUUAGGCUGUUUUCAUUUUAUCCAGAGCGUUGGUGACUGUAAUUGUGCUGCUGGCAACAAUUUAAUUAUGCUUUUUUUUGCCGAUGUUUACUGACACCAGCCAUAUAUUCAACGGGUGUUGAGCGUUCGUAAAUUCAUCAGUUAUUCUGCGCUCUGGCACACUCAGACGAGAGUGCUCUGAAAUCGGAGUAGAUAGCCAGAAUUAACAAUGUCCAUUGAGAACGCACAAUGACUAUACCACUUAGCUAAGAAUGACGUGAAUAAGUCAAUAAACAUUGGGAAAUUAGUUAGAUUAUAGUUAAUAUACUGCCUGGCAAGUUCGAUAUAUUAGUAGCCAACUAACGUUAGGUAACUAGCUAUCAUACCCGUACAUACUGCUGUAAUGCUAUGCGGUUUGUAAGGAUAGCGUAACUAACAAAUUGUCAGCCAACAUAACGUGUAUCGUAACUUAUUUGAAAAGUCAUUACUUUAUUACAUUGCUCGACAUUUUCUUAAAUUUGUCAUAAUUAGUUAAAGCAAUGAAUUUGUAUCCGCUCUCGUCGGACUUCGGCUGCAUAUUUUCCACAAUUUUCUUCAAAUCUGAAAACAUUGUGAAACCACGCCCAUUUUCUGAACAAUUGCAUUAUGGGCCCUAAAAGCACAGAAAUAGUGUCCACUGCUUGUAUACUUCGUAUUUUGCCGAAUUUAGUACGACAUCCGGGAACUUUUGGCAUACUAACUAUAUCCAUACUAUGACCAAUAAGCUUACUACAAUUUAAGUCACAAAUAGUACUGUUAGUGAGGUUAGUGCGGUUAGUAUGAGUAUUCAAACACAGCUCCAGAGUCCUAUGUGUCGGGGGGCUGGGGUUAGUUGGUUAUACCUGGAGUACUUCUCCUGUCUUAUCCAGUGUCCUGUGUGAAUUUAAGUAUGCUCUCUCUAAUUCUCUCGUUCUCUCUUUCUCUCUGAGAACCUGAGCCCUAGGACCAUACGUCAGGACUACCGGGCAUGAUGACACCUUGCUGUCCCCAGUCCGCCUGGCCUUGCUGCUAUUCCAGUUUCAACUGUUCUGCCUGCGGCUACGAAACCCCUACCUGUCCCAGACCUGCUGUUUUCAACUCUUAAUGAUCGGCUAUGAAAAGCCAACUGAGAGACCUGAGCCCUAGGACCAUACGUCGGGACUACCGGCCGUGGUGACUCCUUGCUGUCCCCAGUCCGCCUGGCCUUGCUGCUAUUCCAGUUUAAACUGUUCUGCCUGCGGUUAUGGAACCCCUACCUGUCCCAGACCUGCUGUUUUCAAACUCUUAAUGAUCGGCUAUGAAAAGCCAACUGAGAUUUAUUCCUGAUUAUUAUUAGCUUGGUGACGAGCUUGGAGGGGACAAUGUUGUUGAACGCUGAGCUGUAGUCAAUGAACAGCAUUCUCACAUAGGUAUUCCUCUUAUCUAGGUGGGUGAGGGCAGUGUGGAGAGCAAUUGAGAUUGCGUUAUCUAUGGAUCUGUUGGGGCGGUAUGCAAAAUGGAGUAAGUCUAAGGUGGCUGGGAUGGUGGAGUUAAUGUGUGCCAUAACCAGCCUUUCAAAGCACUUCAUGAUUACAGAAGUCAGGCCGCCUACAGGGCGGUAGUCAUUGUAGCAUUAAGCCUUAGAGUUAUUAGGAACAGGAAUGAUUUGUGGUCAUCUUAAAACAUGUGGGGAUUACAGACUGGGACAAGGAGAGGUUGAAAAUUACCAUGAAUAUGCCUGCCAGCUUUUCUGCGCAUGUCUAAGAACGCGCCCUGGAAUGCUGUCGGGGCCCGCAGCCUUGCGGGUGUUGACCUGAUUAAAGACCCUUCUCGCGUCGGACUCGGAGAGCGAGAUCACCCAAUCCUCUGGGUUGGUGGCGGCCCUCACACCCGGCUCGAUGUUGUUGUUGUCAAAGCGUGCAUAAAAUGCAUUGAGUUCAUCUGGUAGAGCGGCAUCGUUGGGCAGGUCAUGGUUGGGUUUUCCUUUGUAAUCCGUAAUGGACUGUAGCCCCUGCCACAUGGGGUGGGCAUCGGAGCCUGUGUAGUAUGAUUCCACCUUAUUCCUAUAUUGUCUUUUUGCUCAUUUGAUGACUCUGCGGAGGUCAUAGCGAGACUUCUUAUACUUGUUCCUGUCCUUAGCUGUAGCCUCAGGGUUAUCUGCGAUAGCUCUGUGUGCGGUAGCCCUGUUCUUUAGUUUAGCGCCAACCUCUGUGUUAAUCCAGGGCUUUUGAUUGGGGAAGCAUCAAACCCUCAUCGUGGGUACAACGUCGCCGAUGCAUUUUCUAAUGAAGCCGGUAACGGAGGUGGUUAGCUGGUCGACGUUAUCGGCGGAGUCUCGAAACAUAUUCCAAUCAGCGCUAGCAAAGCAGUCCUGUAGCAUAACCUCUGAUUCUGGUGACCUUUUUCUCAACGGAGUGAAUCGUGGGUACUUCCUGUUUCAGCUUCUGCUUGUAAACAGAAAGCAAGAGUACGUGAUCUGAUUUGCAGAAUGGCGGACGAGGGCGUUCUAUGCUUGCUUGUGGUUAGAAUAGCAGUGGUCUAGGACUUUAUCGCCCCUAAUGGCAUUUGAGACGUGUUGCUGGAAGUUGGCCAUCACGUGUCUUAGUGACACCGAAUUAAAAUCGCCGGCAACCAGAAAGGCAGCCUCUGGGUGUAGGUUUUCCUGCUUGUUUAUAGCCUUGUACAGUUUAAGUGCCAGCUUCUUCUUUUUUUUGUCCUGAGGUGGAAUGCAUACAGCAGUCACGAUAACAGCUGAAAACUCCCUCGGGAGGUAGAAGGGUCGACAUUUGACCAUCAGGUAUUCCAAGACGGGUGAACAGUGGGUCGAAACUUCCACCGCGCUGGAAUUAGCACACCAGUUGGCACACCCUCAAUUUCCCUAACUCCACUUUCCUGUCCGCCCAGUGAAUGGAGAAUCCAUCGAGUUGGAUAGCCGUGGGGGGUGUCUUGUCCGAGAACCAUGUUUCUGUAAAGAAUAUUGCAGUUCCAAGAUUCCCGUUGGUAGCAAAUCCGCGAUCGGAGGUCAUCCAUCUUAUUAUCAAGUGAUUUAGCCAGUAGAAUCACCUUAAUCUCACCAGGAUCCCUGCCCUCUUGCCUCUGUAACGCCGGCGUUUCGUCUUGGGUAGGCCGAAAAUUGGGUUGGAAUUACAGCGAGAGCCCAGUGCAGAUGAGUCGAAGUAGAAGCUGGAAUUGGUGUAAAUAACUGCCGAUUUGAUGUUCUUGUCGGUUGUAAGAAAUAAUAGCUGAUACAUUUCGUGAAAAUAAAGUAAAAAUAAAAAUAAUAAUCACAAAAUAGCAAAGUUGGGUCAGAGCUUGCAAAACGGCAGCCAUCCAGUACGGUGCCAUCUUCAAUGGCAUUGUAGAGUCGGUUUAGAUGCCAAACAACACUUUUGUUGAUAUCAUUCACUCUCAUUUUAAUCCAACAACAGGGGUGCCUGGGUUGCUACUUGCUAGGCACUCACAUAAGUGUUCAAUAUAAAAAUAUAUUGCCCACAAUCUUUGUGCACCCCCAAGGGUCCAUGCGUAACUCAAACCCAGCUCACACGCUGUGCCAAAAGGUGAACCAAACUUCACUUACGGAUGUGUGUGUGUGUGUGUGUGUGUGUGUGUGUGUGUGUGUUUCAGAUCCAUGAUGAAUGGUCCAAAGGUGUUUUUGAGGUCAAGCCUGGAGAUGAGGACAUCCACACAGCCAAUGAGCGCAGACUAAAGGUGAAGUGUGGGUGGGGAAAACCUUGAAUCAGCAAUUCAGAGUGCUGGCUGAAGAUCGUAACAAUGGGACAAAUACGGACCCUUGAUUGUCAGAAUGACCAUGCAUACAGUGCAUUCGGGAAGUAUUCAGACCCCUUGACUUUUUCUACAUUUUAUUACAUUACAGCCUUAUUCUAAAAUGGAUGAAAUCAUUUUUCCACCUCAUCAAUCUGCACACAAUACCCCAUAAUGACAAAGCAAAAACAGGUUAUUAGGAAUGUUUGCAAAUUUGUUAAAAAUAAAAAUCACAUUUACAUAAGUAUUCAGACCCUUAACUCAGUACUUUGUUGAAGCACCUUUGGCAGCGAUUACAGCCUCAAGUCUUCUUGGGUAUGACGCUACAAGCUUGGCACACCUUUAUUUGGGGAGUUUCUCUCUGUCAGGUUGGAUGGGGAGCAUCGCUGCACAGCUAUUUUCAGGUCUCCAGAGAUAUUCGAUCGGGUUCAAGUCCGGCCUCUGGCUGGGCCACUCAAGGACAUUCAGAGACUUGUACCGAAGCCACUCCUGUGUUGUCUUGGCUGUGUGCUUAUGGUCAUUGUCCUGUUGGAAGGUGAACCUUUGCCCCAGUCUAAGGUCCUGAGCGCUCUGGAGCAGGUUUUCAUCAAGGAUCUCUCUGUACUUUGCUCCGUUCAUCUUUCCCUCAAUCCUGACUAGUCUCCCAGUCCCUGCCGAUGAAAGAUAUCCCCACAGCAUGGUGCUGCCACCACCAUGCUUCAACAUAGGGAUGGUGCCUGGUUUCCUCCAGACGUGAUGCUUGGCAUUCAGGCCAAAGAGUUCAAUCUUGGUUUCAUCAGACCAGAGAAUCUUGUUUGAGAGUCCUUUAGGUGCCUUUUGGCAAACUCCAAGCUGGCUGUCAUUUGCCUUUUACUGAGGAGUGGCUUCCGUCUGGCCACUCUACCAUAAAGGCCUGAUUGGUGGAGUGCUUUAGAGAUGGUUGUCCUUCUGGAAGGUUCUCCCAUCUCCACAGUGGAACUCUGGAGCUCUGUCAGUGAUCAUCGGGUUCUUGGUCACCUCCCUGACCAAGGCCCUUCUCCCCCGAUUGGUCAGUUUGGCCGGGCGGCCACCUUUAGGAAGAGUCUUGGUGGUUCCCAAACUUCUUCCAUUUAAGAAUGAUGGAGGCCGCUGUGUUCAUGGGGACCUUCAAUGCUGCAGACAUUUUUUGGUACCCUUCCCCAGAUCUGUGCCUUCGACACAAUCCUGUCUCGGAGCUCUACAGACAAUUCCUUUGACCUCUUGGCUUGGUUUUUGCUGUGACAUGCACUGUCAACUGUGGGACCUUAUAUAGACAGGUGUGUGCCUUUCCAAAUCAUGUCCAAUCAAUUGAAUUUACCACAGGUGUACUCCAAUCAAAGUUGUAGAAACAUCUCAAGGAUGAUCAAUGGAAACAGGAUGCACCUGAGCUCAAUUUUGAGUAUCAUAGCAAAGGGUCUAAAUACUUAUGUAAAUAAGGUAUUUCUGUCUUUUAUAUUUAAUACAUUUGCAAACAUUUCUAAAAAGCUGUUUUCGCUCUGUCAUUAUGGGGUAUUGUGUGUAGAUUGAUGAGUGGGAGAAAAAUAUUUUAUACAUUUUAGAAUAAGGCUGUAACGUAACAAAAUGUGGAAAAAGGGAAGGGGGUCUGAAUACUUUCUGAAUGCACUGUAUAUAUUUGUAUUAUAUAUGUAUCUCUGUGUUUGUGUUUUAUCAGGAGCUGAUAGGUGAACCAGCUGGGAAGUUACACACUGGUAGGAGCAGAAACGACCAGGUAGGUGUGAUGAUCUGCUGAAUACACGUUCUUUGUUUGUUUUUUGAAAGAGAAGUUUGAGAUUGUUCAAUCUCGCUGAUGUAAUGCUGAGUAAAGCCAUUCUUGUGUUUCUUUUGGUUGAGCAUUGGGUUUCUGAUAUGGUUCUGUGUUUUAUUGGUUGAUCAGGUGGUAACAGACAUGAGGUUGUGGCUGAGGGAUGCUAUCUCCAUUGUUAAGGGAAACGCUCUCCAACUCAUCACAACCAUGGUGGAGAGAGCAGCAGUGUAAGUUUUAUGUACAGGUAACUGACAAAAUAAAGGAAACACUUCAGUAAAUGAGGGAUAGUAUAUUGAAAGCUGGUGCUUAAUUCACAGGUGUGGAUUUAACAUCCCAUCAUGCUUAGUGAAAAAGCUGGAGCUCGUCUGAGCGGUUGGCUUCUGAGCCCUCACCCGCUAUGUACUUAAUGCUGAUUUAUUGAGAUUCUGACUUGCUAGAGGCUUCCUGUGCAAGAACAGUACGGAUGCUUCUUAGUCCAGGACUUUUAUUUAUCUUCAUCACUAACACACAUUCUUAAGUUAUUUAGGAAUCAACUUGUGGUUUUUCUUAGAUGCAUGCACAAUCUUCCUAGUAGACACAGUCAACUUAGUCGCCAUACAAAAUGUGACUCUUCUUCUUUCGAUGACUAAAAACGCUCAGACCUGGGGUGGGAGGGGUCAGAGUCCAGAUGUGAAUUUGGGCAAGCUGAUUGACUGAAGCCGAAGGGCUGUGAUGGACAGCUGAGAUGGUGAGAUCUCACCCUAACGGGACUGUGGGGGAACUAAGGGGACUGUGAGGGAAAGUUAGGUAGAGAGGAGGGGAGUAGGUCAGUCUUUUUUUACAGCUGCCCCAAUAUUUCUUAUGAAAAUAUUAACAUCCACAAAAAGGCCUCUAACCUAAAGGGCACAGUCUCUAAUGGGGUCCACAGGUCUCAAGGGGGAGCUUAGUCCUAGCGGGCCUUGUCCUGUCAGCCAGGACAGGCAGGGCUUAGGGGCCGCCACUUGGGAGGUGCACAGAGGUGCGGAGACAGUCCUUGGCCACCCAAUGGAGGCCACAGGGGUGGCUGAGGGUCCUCUAGCUCAGCUGGUGCCGUGUGGCUGGGGACAAUCCUUGGGAUCUUGGUAUGGUGCCGGAGGCUGACCACAGUUGAAGGAAGUAUGUGGCACGCCGGCCACAACUGUCUUUGGCAGCUCACUGGCUGCUGCUCGGGUUGGUGAAUCUCUCACCACUGCUGGAGGCGAUUGCUCCCAUGGUGGAGCAGGUGGGGACCCCUGGGCGAGGCUCUUCAGGGAUUCGACGUAAGGGGCCAGCUGGGCCUCAGAGACGAUGUCCGGCGGUUUCCUGAGGGCCGGAGGGUCUUUCAGUGCAGGAGGCAGGUGGCCUCCCAGAACUGGAGACAGCAGGCCCCCCGGGUCAGGGAACGGUGGGUCCCCCAGGUCAGGGGGCUGAGGGCCUAGCAGGGCAGGGAACUCGGGGCCUGACAGGGCAGGAGACUUAAGCUUACUACUAAGGCUAGAGACUGAGAACCAAGCUGAGCAGAGUCUGCGAACUGGCUAGGGGCAGGGACUGCAGACCUAGAGGAACAGCUAAUUCCGAGCCUGGUGGGACAGGAGACCCAUGGUCUGGAAUUAGUGCAGGAGGGUUGGUGUGUAGCACUAGGGAGGGUGACUGCUUGCUGACUGAGGCUGGGGGCUGCAGACCAACUGAGGUUGCGGACCUAGUAGGGCACAGAACCUAAAGCCUGGCAGAGCGGGCUGACUAGGGCUGGAGACAGCGAAACGAGAGGUGCUGAUAACUGGGCCUGACAGGGAGAAUGACUCUGAACCUGAGAGGGAGAACGACUCUCAACCUUACAGGGAGAAUGAGUCUGAACCUGAAAGACAGAAUGACUGUGAUCUGAGCAGGGCAGGAGACUGCAGACCUACAGACAGGGCACCUAACUUAGACCCUGGCAGGGCAGGGGGCUCUAAGCCUUGCAGGCUAGGACGCUGCAUACCCAAUAAGGUAGGGGGCUGCAAUCCAAGCAGGGCAGAAGACUGCAGACGUGGCAGCUAACUUAGGACCUAGCAGGGCAGGGGGCUCUAUGCCUGGUGGUCUAGGAUGUUGCGUACCCAAUAAGGCAGGGGGCCGCGAAGCAAACAUGGGGCCUAAAUGGGUAGAAUACCUAGGGCCUGGCAGAGCAGCUAAUUUAGAGGCUUCUAGUGCAAGGGACUGUGAAAAUAGAACAGCAGAGGACUGGGGCCCUUGUACUAAGGCAGCAGUCCACGGACCUAAGCCAGAACACUGUGAGCCUGCAACUAGAGCCUGCGACUGAGGGCCGGGUACGGCAGGAUAGACUGGACCUACCAGGGAGUAAGGAAACGUCAACCCUACAGGGGAGGCAGGGAACUCUAAACCUGACCCUACUAGGAAGGAGGGGAACUCUGGCCAUACUGGGAAGGAAGGGAUCUCGGACCCUACCAGGAAGAAAGGUAACUCUGACCCUACCGUGGUGGCAGGGAACUGGUCAUCUAGGAGGUAUCGGUGCGCUAGCAAGCGGGGCCAGCAGGGACACCAGGCCUGGGACCGGCAGGUCCGACCAGGCAUGGGCUGACAGGGCCGUGCCAGCAGGCUGUACUUCGAAGGCAGGAAGGGUCUGAUCCAACCAGGCCGUGGCUGGAGAGGCCCCCAUGUCCAGGCUGCACUUGACAUCUGCAGGAGCUGCAGGCUUUGGCUUCAUCCUAGGAGCGUGUGAAUAAUCCACUGCUGGCUUGGGCUCUGGGCCAGGAGCAGGGAGGGCUCCCGAGGGAGAGCGGCUGGAGUCUUUGUGGCUGAAGGUUCCAGGGUAGCAGACAGUCGAACCUCGGGCACCCGAGCAACGGCAGCCAGAACAGGCCCUGUGGCAGCAGUUGUGGCUCCACGACUGGAGCGGGAGUCUCCUUAACUAUGGCUAGUCGAGGCUCAGGCUGAGGGGGGUGCAGACCUUGGUGUGGUGGACUGUGCACUCUGGAGUUGUGUCGAUCUACUGGGGAGCUAGGCAUCUCUGGGGAGCAGAAGGGGACUCGGGGCUCCAGUGGCUCAAGCCGGGGGAGGCCUAGAUGGACGUCGGUCAGGAAAGCAGCUGGGCCACCUCGGGAUAUAGUGGAAGUCCCAACGGUCCCAUGGAGGUGGUGAACGCUUAGGCCUGGAGGGCUUGGAGUAGUGUCUCUCAGGGGAGUAGCCGGGCCAAGUCGGGGAGUAUCGGUGGUGGUGGCGCUCCCGGGGAGGUGACGAUGGCUCUGGCCCGGAGGGUCUAGAGUGGUGGUGGUCAGGAGAGUAGCGGCAAUAUCGGUGCUCCCGCAGUGGUGGCUCAGGCCGGGAAGGGCAAGAGUACGCCCUCUUGAACUCUUCCCUCUCAUAAAGCAGCUUCUCGUAGUCCCUCUGCAGCUCCCAACUGGAGAGGGUGUGGUCACUCCAGGACUACUGAGGAUGCCUGGAAUAUGGGUGGUCGACUGUACGAUGAGAGAGGGGUGUAAAGCCUCGCAGCUCAUCUUCCUCUGGGAAGCGACAGCUUUGUGUGUGUGGUGUUGGUGGUGACAGCAGCCCCAUUCGGCAUAGGAAUGCAAAAUAACUCAUCUGCAUCCAGGAGUUCGGAAACAGUUAUUCAUUUGGGUACUAGAACAUCUUCACUGUAGCCAGGUCAGAAUCCGGUGAUUCGAAGGACCAUGAAAAACUGUUGGUCGCUAAAUCCAUCUCGGAGGACCAUGAAAAAAAGGAUAGGGUGUAAACCUGUCCCUCUGAGGACUAAACUAGUUUGCUGGGUUGGAUACUGAAUCCCCACAAGGCUGCCGGCUAGAGCAAUAUGGAUGCUGUCUUGACUGACUUGUCACACACUUCACUGUCAACCAACGCACUAUUAACACUUAGGGUCAUGUAUAAAAAUGCUAGGCAAGCCCAGUUGCCCAUUAUUUUGGCUACCAUGGCUAGAAGAAGAGAUGUUAGUUAUUUUGAAAGAGGGGUGAUUGUUUGGCAGGAGCUUCAGUGACGAAAACUGCUCAAGCUGAUGUUUCACGAAAUGCCAUGGUCGUUUCAGUCACCAGAUCUCAACCCAAUUGAACACUUAUUGGAGAUUAUGGAGCGGCGCCUGAGACAGCGUUUUCCACCACCAUCAACAAAACACCAAAUCAUGGAAUUUCUCGUCGAAGAAUGGUGUCACAUCCAUCAAAUAGAGUUCCAGACACUUGUACAAUCUAUGCCAAGGCUCAUUGAAGCUGUUCUGCCGGUUCGUGGUGGCCCAACGCCCUAUUAAGACAUUAUUUUGGCAGUUACCUGUAUGUAUGCAUGCACGCACACACACAGUAUAUCAUGUUUACCUAUUGUCUUUUGAUCCCCAGAGAGAUUGACGUGCUGUUUCCUGGGUACACCCACAUGCAGAGAGCUCAGCCAAUCAGAUGGAGCCACUGGAUUCUGAGGUACAAUAGCCUCUCCUUCUGUUCAGCACCACUGCAUAUGUUUGCAAUGUUCCUAAAUGAUGUCUAGAUCCACUGCUUGACACUGAGUCAAAGUUAAAAACAGGAUUGAGGCAACAAAUAUUGAUGGAAUAUAAAGUGAAUGUUGUUUCAGUCUACAGAGCAUAUGUAACCCGUUUCAGGAAGCUAGGCGUUAGUCGCACGUCACUACUUCACAGGAAAGGCAUUUGAACGUACAUUUACAAAAAAAAUCAAAAUGAGUUUUUGUGGCAGAAAUGCCUUCUGGAACAUGUGAACUUUCAUGUGCCUUAAUAACAAACUUGUAUACCAUCUGUAAAUUCAAAUAAAAUUGUUAAAUGGUGAUCCUAGUUGGUUUAGCCAUGUAAAAAGACAGGAACCUUCCCACUAGCCAUGAUUGGGUGAGAUAAUGGAUGGGCUGGACAUGCCGUGAGAUGAGUUCGGAUUGGUCUGCUAUGUAGCAUGCUUCUGUCUAGAACAUGGGCUGUAUGUGUACAUCAUUCUUGUUAGCCCAGGAGAACUGUAAGUGUUGCUACUGCUCUCAACAACAUUGCUGCCCUGAAUUUAGCAGGCGCUAUCGACAUAGAUCAGUGGGAAAAAGUUGUGAUGGACUACUUUCUGCACACCGUGAGUGUGAACCGGAGUGACUUGACAUAUCGCGGGCCAAACAAGCUGUACAAACAAAACGGAAAUGACACAGGACGUCUUACUUAGUUAAACAGGUUUCAGUCUGCCGUGAAGCGUUCUUCCAUGUAUACGAGUAAGAGUCUAGCUACAUUUUCAGAUAUUAUAAGUUUCUAAUUUUGUCAGAAAGUCGUUUUCAUUGCAAGUUAAAGCGUACUGUUAGCUAGCUAGCGAACGUUAGCUUGCUGGCUCGCUAGCUAAUGUUACGUGUAUGAUCUGUGUAGUAAUAUUAUUUGUAUCUCAGAAAUCCAUUUGCAUUGCUAGUUAUAGCCUAAUGUAAGCUAGCUAUCUAACAUUGAACCUAGUUGAUUAGCUUUAGCUACCUGCAGAUUCAUACUACCGCAUUUCAUGCAUGGUGUCUUGCUAUGACAAUCCCUUUGUAUUGCUAGUAGUAUGGGUUGGGAUUAUGGUUAAUUGUUUAGCUAGCUAGCUAAACAUGUCUAAACAAAAGCGUCCACUUCGCCAGAUGAUUACAUGACCCAUCAAGUAAACCAAGUGUGUCUGGUGGUGAUUAUGGCCAUCUAUUGUAUUUCAUGAACAUGUGUACAUGUCUAGACAAUAGUGACCCAUCCACUUAGCUGGGGUGUGGUUAUAGCAUUUCUUUCACAUGACCCAUCAAUUUAGUCUUGUGGUAGAAAUUCUAUAGGAAGAGAGACUGCAGAUUCUUUCAAACAACAACUUUAUUAUAAGAUUUGCAAAAAUGAAGCAAUCAACAAUCACUCAAAAUGGUUGUGUUGAAAAGCCCAACGAACAUAGUUGGCUUUCUCCUUUUAUAGAAAUUACACCCUCUUAUCUACACUACCAGUCAACAUUUUGGACACACCUACUCAUUCAAGGGUUUUUCUUUAUUUUUUACUAUUUUUACAUUGUAGAAUAAUAGUGAAGACAUCAAAACUAUGAAAUAACACAUAUGGAAUCAUGGAGUAACCAAAAAAGUGUUAAACAAAUCAAAAUAUAUUUUAUAUUUGAGAUUCUUCAAAUAGCCACCCUUUGUCUUGAUGACAGCUUUGCACACUCUUGGCAUUCUCUCAACCAGCUUCAUGAGGUAGUCACCUGGAAUGCAUUUCAAUUAAUAGGUGUGCCUUCUUAAAAGUUAAUUUGUGGAAUUUCCUUCCUUCUUAAUGCGUUUGAGGCAAUCAGUUGUGUUGUGACAAGGUAAGGGGGGGUAUACAGAAGAUAGCCCUAUUUGGUAAAAGACCAAGUCCAUAUUAUGGCAAGAAUAGCUCAAAUAAGCAAAGAGAAACGACAGUCCAUCAUUACUUUAAGACAUGAAGGUCAGUCAAUGUGGAAAAUUUCAACAACUUUGAACGUUUCUUCAAGUGCAGUCGCAAAAACUAUCAAGCGCUAUGAUGAAACUGGCUCUCAUGAGGACCGCCACAGGAAUGGAAGACCCAGAGUUACAUCUGCUGCAGAGGAUAAGUUCAUUAGAGUUACCAGCCUCAGAAAUUGCAGCCCAAAUAAAUGCUUCACAGAGUUCAAGUCACAGACACAUCUCAACAUCAACUGCUCAGAGGGGACUGUGUGAAUCAGGCCUUCAUGGUUGAAUUGCUGCAAAGAAACCACUACUAAAGGACACCAAUAAUAAGAAGAGACCUGCUUGGGCCAAGAAACACGAGCAAUGGACAUUAGACCGGUGGAAAUGUGUCCUUUGGUCUGGAGUCCAAAUUGGAGAUUUUUGGUUCCAACCGCCGUGACUUUGUGAGACGCGGUGUGGGUGAACGGAUGAAAUCCGCAUGUGUGGUUCCCACCGUAAAGCAUGGAGGAGGAGGUGUUAUGAUGUGGGGUUGCUUUGCUGGUGACACUGUCUGUGAUUUAUUUAGAAUUCAAGGCACACUUAACCAGCAUGGCUAUCACAGCAUUCUGCAGCGAUGGAGUGCUGCAUCAGAUGACCUGACCUCCACAAUCCCCCGACCUCAACCCAAUUGAGAUGGUUUGGGAUGAGUCGGACGGCAGAGUGAAGGAAAAGCAGCCAACAAGUGCUCAGCAUAUGUGGGAACUCCUUCAAGACUGUUGGAAAAGCAUUCCAGGUGAAGCUGGUUGAGAGAAUGCCAAGAGUGUGCAAAGCUGUCAUAAAGGCAAAGGGUGGAUAUUUGAAGUAAAAUAUAUUUAGAUUUGUUUAACACUUUUUUGGUUACUUCCAUAUGUGUUAUUUCAUAGUUUUGAUGUCUUCACUAUUAUUCUACAAUGUAGAAAAUAGUAAAAAUAAAGAAAAACCCUUGAAUGAGUAGGUGUGUCCAAACUUUUGACUGGUACUGAAUGUGACUGUUAGCAGAUGUGCAGAAACAACAGAGUUGUUCUGCACAGACUUGUAAAAACAAAUUUAGCUCGUCUGUGUUUGAUCAAGAUAGCUGAUAUCGCCACCAUUCUCUGUUCCUUCCUGCACUUCCCACAUAGUUCAAUUCCUGCCGAGCGGCUCAUUAAUCUGUACGCUCAGAUUUAUGACUAAGUCACACAAGACAAGUUUGCAUCAGUAGUAAAAAACAGCAUAUCACAAUGAACAAUUAUUUAAGUAAAAAAACAGCAUAGUAUGUCUAGUUAAACAGCAUAGUAUGUCAUUAAUUAAUUUCCUUCACAGUCUGAGGUAAGCAUCAUCUUAUAGUUAUAAAAUAUUUUUAUCUGGACACUUUCAAUUUUUUAUAUUGUUACUUGCAAAUAUGCAAGUAACCAUUUCACUGUACCUUUUACACCUUCUGUAUCUUGUGCAUGUGACAAAUAAACUUUGAUUUUAUUUUAUAUAGUGUUUGUUUACCAGAGGCGGUAAUGUGAAGAACAACUUGACCUGCACCAAAGUCAGAUUAUGAUAUAAGCCAAGGACUAGAUCAAAUGUAUUUUUACCUGGAGUUUUUCCUAAUUGUAGGUUACUACUUUCGCCACUUUUAAUCUUGAAAUCUUUGGUUGUUCACUACCUUACUCACUCUGCACAUGGCCUCACAUAUGAAUUGUUAAAGAUAUAGGUGGGGCUAAGGCUUAAGAGGGUGUGAACGAUGCUGAAUGGGUGUAGACAAAGAAAAGCUCUCCAGUACGUACCAAAACAUUCAAGGGCCAUUUUCUCAAAAGUGGAGUUACAAGUUUAUCAACUUUCAAAGCAGAAUUACUUUCCCAUUGUUCCUCAGCUGCAGUGUAUGAUAUACCAUGUUCUAGCUCUGAGUCUACUUAUAUCCAAUGUAAAAAAACACCAUUUAAAAUUUAGCAACAAAAGACAGAAUCGAGGUGGUCGGUGAUGUUGUCAGUCUAUUAAACACAUUUGUAUUUCUAUGAUUGUUCCCCAGUCACACGGUGGCCCUGAGCAGAGAUGUGGAACAGCUUCAGGAGAUCAAUAGACGAGUCAACGUGCUCCCCCUGGGCAGGUACACACACACGCACAAGCGCGCGCACACACACACACUGUUAUCUGUCAUCUGUGAGUUAUAGUUAUACCGUGUCUACUUUUGUUACCCAGUGGAGCAAUAGCUGGAACUCCAUUCAACAUCGACAGGGAAAUGCUGCGUCAAGGUGAGAGUCAACCUGCAUUGAAAAUCAGCUCCUAUAAACAUACAUAAGGAGCCAUGAACUCUAAUGAAUGCUUAUAACAAAUGCUUAUAAGGCACAAUAUACAUGAAUCAUACACAUGUUCCAAGACAGUGUUUGAGAUUGAUUGUGUCUUCUGUCUCUUCCCCUGUAGAGCUGGCCUUUGAUGACAUCAGCAUCAACAGCAUGGACGCCACAGGCCAGAGGGACUUUGUUGGUAUGGUAACCCCACUGGCUUUAUUACUAUUCUGAGAAGACAUGUAGAUGUGAAGAUGAGAAAUAUUGGCAUUAACUGACUGUCACUGCAUUGCCCUGCUCAUGCUUUCUCUCUCUGUGUGUGUGUCUGGCUCUCUCCACCCUCCCUCUUUCAGCUGAGUUCUUGUUCUGGGCGUCUCUGUGUCUGACGCACCUCAGUAAGAUGGCAGAGGACCUGAUGCUCUACAGCACCAAGGAGUUCUCCUUCCUCACACUCUCCGACGCAUACAGGUGUGUGUGUGUGUGUGUGUGUGUGAGAGAGAGUUUGUGUGUAUGAUGACUAUGAACUCAAAACAAUGUGUUCCCUUUUUUUCCUUUGUGUUAUAUUCUAACGAUCUUUCUCUCUCUGUGUGUGUGUGUGUAGCACAGGCAGCAGUCUGAUGCCUCAGAAGAAGAAUGCUGACAGUCUGGAGUUGAUCAGGAGUAAAGCAGGCCGUGUCUUUGGCAGAGUAAGACCCCAACUGAAACACAUAACACCAUUAGUUAUAUUAUAAUAAGCAAGCAUCCUUUAUGAUAUUAAUGGUAUGAUAUCAGUGUGUGUAAACCUGUGCCCUGUCCUGUGUGUGUCACAGUGUGCAGGCUUUCUGAUGACCCUGAAGGGCCUGCCAAGCACCUACAACAAAGAUCUGCAGGUACAGCCACACGUGUGUGUGUGUGUGUGUGUGUGUGUGUGUGUGUGUGUGUGUGUAAUAAUUCUCUCUAUCGCUCUCUGACUCUCUAGGAGGAUAAGGAGGCCAUGUUUGACUGCUAUGACACGGUACACGCUGUGCUGCAGGUCACCACAGGUGUCAUGUCCACUCUAAAGGUGAGAUGGAUGCCACACCUGACCCCAUACACCCUACACCCUAGUGCCCAACACUGAGCACCUUUACACCCUUGUGCCCUACUUACUACAUCCUAAACUCUUACACCUUAGUGCCCUACAACCUGCAACAUCCUUCCCUCUAAGUCCUUUCACGGCCAAUUCCUCUGACCCAUUUCCUGUUUCCUGUGUCAGAUCAACCCCAGUGUGAUGGAAGCUGCCCUCAGUCCUGACAUGCUGGCUACUGACCUGGCCUACUACCUCGUCAGGAAGGGGGUGAGUACUAAUUAACCACUCAAACCAGGGAUAUGUGCGUUUGUGUGUGUUCACCACAAUUAUGGUAAGGUUUAAAGUUAAUUAAACUGUUUAUUUAGCCAGCAAACUUUAGCAGAGUUUCUGUGUCACAAUUGUGGUAUUUUAUAUUAUCUCUCUCUCCUUCUCUCUCUCUCUCUCCUUUCUCUCCUCUCUUUCUCUCUCUCUCUCUCGUCUCUCUCUCUCUCUUUCUUUCUCUUCUCUUCUCUCUGUCUUCUCUCUCUCUCUCUCUCUUUCUUCUCCUUUGUCUCUCUCUCUCUCCUUGCUCUUCUCUCUUCUCGUCUCUCUCUCUAUCUCCUCUUCUCUCUCUCUCUUCUCUCUCUUCUCUCGUCUCUCUCUAUUCGUCUGUCUGUCUGUCUGUCUGUCUCUCUCUCUUCUCGUCUUGUCUCUCUCUCUCUCUGUCUUCUUCUCUUUCUGUCUGUCUCUGUCUGUCUUCUCUGUCUGUCUGCUUCUCUGUCUCGUCUGUCUCGCUCUGUCUCUGUCUGGUCUCUGUGUCUCUGUCUCUGUCUGUCUGUCUGUCCUGUCUGUCUGCUGUCUGUCUGUCUGUCUGUCUGUCGUCUGUCUGUCUGUCUGUCUGUCUGUCUGUCUGUCUGUCUGUCUGUCUGUCUCUCUCUCUCUCUCUCUCUCUGUCUGUCUGUCUGUCUGUCUCUCUCUGUCUCUCUCUCUCUCUCUCUCUCUCUCUCUCUCUCUCUCUCUCUCUCUCUGUGUGUGUGUCACAAUUGUGGUAUUUUAUAUUCUCUCUCGCGCUCUCUCUCAUGUCAGGUGCCAUUCAGAGAGGCUCAUGGUAUCUCAGGUAAAGCUGUGUUUCUGGCUGAAUCCAAGAACAUUCCCCUGAACCAACUCACUGUGGAGGACCUGCAGACUGCCAGGUGAGCGCAAGCACGCAUGCACACACUUCUUCGUAUUAUCACUCUUUUGUCCCCCCCACCUCCUUAUCCUUUCCACUUCACCCUCCCCUUGCUCCAGCCCCCUGUUUUCCAGUGAUGUGUCUGCGGUGUGGGACUACAGUAGCAGUGUGGAGCAGUACAGCGCCCCUGGUGGCACAGCCAAGAGUAGUGUGGCAGCACAGGUGGAGCACAUGAGGACCUGGCUGAAGAAACAGGUCCAGUGACCUCUCCUCCUCACCGCUUACCUUUAACCAUUGACCCCAACAACAACUUAUAUAAGCAACAGUGGUCAAAUGGAACUCUGGGGUGUAUCCUAACUUCCAAUUUUCACAUAGUCUCCCAAUGAUAUCACAUCUAUGCAUGUAUGACUAAGUUAAAAUUUGACUAAAGUAGAAGUUAGGAUUUGCCCCCCAGUGGUAAAGAACCAUUGUUUGCCUUCUAGAACACUCUCCAGUGUUCUCUACAUUCAGUGUCUACUCUAGAAAACAAUGGGUCCAUUCUGUAGGACUGCCUUGUUGCUCAGGCCAUGUAAAGUGCCUUUAAAAUACCGGUAGACAAUGUAGUUGUUGAUGCCAUGGUUACUGCUUUAGAUCUAUUUAGAAAAAUGGGAGGUAAAAGCUUUAGUACAUUUAGAUAUAUUAUCCUCAAUAGUAGUACAACUAUACAUUUCAGACAGUUCAUACCUUUUUGUCUUAAUGUGUUGAUGAUUGAUUAAAUGUUGCUUAUUUACAAAA